GCACCAGACCCGGGAUCAUUCCAGCCAAUGAUCGCAGAUCAGCUGCAGCAGAGGAGAGACGGCUGUUGCAGAACCGGGACCGGGGCCGACGCAUACUGGACGCGCCGCACACUUUGCAAUCAAAAUUAAACUUCUAGUGUAGUCUUCUGCAACCACUUGCAUUGAAAUGGAAAAUAAAGUCGCAGAUUUUUCAGGAAAAUGGAAAAUGAAGUCUUCGGAAAAUUUCGAGGAGCUUUUGAAAGCCCUGGGUGUGAAUGUGUUCCUGAGGAAGAUUGCGGUGGCGGCAGCCUCCAGUCCAGCCGUGGAAAUCACCCAGCAAGGAGAGACUCUCUCCAUCAAGACGUCCACCAGCGUCCGCACGACCCACGUUUCCUUCACCGUGGGCCAGUCCUUCAACGAGGCCACGGUGGACGGGCGGCCGUGCACGAGUUUGCCUAAAUGGGAAACAGACCAAAAGAUCUGCUGCGAACAGACUUUACAGAAAGGCGAUGGCCCUAAGACGAGUUGGACCCGCGAGCUGACCAACGAUGGAGAACUCCUUCUGACAAUGACUGCUGGGGAGGUUGUCUGCACACGGGUUUAUGAGCGGGAAUGAGGAAGAUUGUUCUACACCAUCAUUCAGUUCUUCCGUUACGUGCUUCAUAUAUGAUUUCCAUUUUCAAGCGUUGUUUUCUUCAUUUUUACCUUCCUCUCAGCUAGAGACCGCUGGUCAAGCCUUGCUUAAAGAUUGAACAGUGGAGAAAAGCAAAUUACCUUCAACAGUUGAAUAAACUCUUUAUCUUUGAAUUAGUCAUGCCAUACAUUCCUUAUAAGAGCUCUAUUGCGGGGUCCAAGUUUUUUUUUUUGAAGAUGUUAAUAAACUGUUUUAUAUGAA